CAGCAGUACCAGCAACAGCAGCAGCACCAUCAACAGCAGCAGUACCAGCAACAACAACAGCAACAGCACCAGCAACAGUACCAGCAGCAGCAGCAACUACAUGGACAAUCUUAUACCUCUCCUCGAUACCCCCCACAGCCAUACCCAAUACCGCAGUCACAAAGUCCAGGCCCCAUAAACCAGAGCUCAGAAGCCAGCGGCACCCGUACGACCAUCACCGCGACCAUCACCAUCGACGAUGAUCGCCCCAGCUCCAUCUCCUUCGACCCCGCUCAACGUCAACCCCAACGUCGAGCCCAUUCCACUCAGCUGCCCCCAGCUGUCGCGGCCAUGGUCCUGACACCGGCCCAACAGCGUGAGGCCGAGGCGGAUGCGUAUAUCCAACGGGCGAUUGAACUUCACGAGGAUAAUCAGCUCGAGGAGGCAACGUAUUAUUUCCGACUGGCCGCCCAGAGUGAGAACCCUGUUGGGCAGCUCAUGUAUGGGCUGUCAUUGAGACAUGGCUGGGGAUGCAAACCAAACCCGAAGGAAGCCAUUAUUUAUCUACAACGCGCUGCAGCCUAUGCCAUGAACGAGCUCAAGGACCUCCUUCCCGGGAGCACCGCGAACAUCAAAGCGAUCCAACGGCAACAAGAUCAGCAUCAGCAACACUCUGGCGGCGUGUCCUUGCCACCGACGUCCUCAUCACCAUCUUCUUUUUCUUCUUCUUCCGCAUCAGGACCGCAGCCCUUGCGACGGAUGGGAACCAUUGAUAGGCGUUCCGCUAUGUUGACAGCACGAAAGGAAUUGGUCAUGGCCCUUUACGAGCUUGGAAUGUCAUUCCUGAAGGGUUGGGGUGUCAAUAAGGACAAGGUCGCGGCGUUCCAUUACUUCAAACUCGCGGCGGAUCUUGGUGAUCCGGAUUCCCAAAACGAAGUUGCACAAUGCUUCCUGGACGGAAUUGGGACGGAGAAGAACGCGUUCGAAGCCGCACGAUAUUACCGUCUAGCCUCUGCACAGGGAGCCUCUCAACUCGGGAACUCUUGGAUCUGGAAACCGAAAUACGAUCAGUACUGCGAACAGCAUGCAGCCAAUGCCAACGCCAACGCCACUGCCGCCGCUCCCGCUGCUACUGCUACAUCUAGGAAAAAACAACAACAUCCAGAAGGUGCCUCAAGUGCAGACACAGCAGGUCCAUGUCCAGUGUCGCCUACGAAUUCGAUUGCCGCAGGAUUGGCCUCCAUGACCGCCAGUGCUGCAUCUAUGGCCACUCCCUUGGGUGCAGCUGCAGCCGCAAGAACACCAGACGCGAUGUCUCUUCUGUUGGGUGGCGGUAGAAAGAAUUCGGAACGGAACGGAAUGUCAGGAGCGAGUGCUAGAAAGGAUCGCUAUAACCUGGCGGGCGAUUUGAUUUCGUCCAGUCAGUUGGAGCUCAAGUUGAGGCAGGCGGAGCAAUUGACAAGUGCCACCAUUGGAGCCGUCGUCAUCGGGGAUAUGUCUUCUGGAUCGUCGGGGCAGGACCAGACGACGACGACACCGACGACCAAGAAAAAGCAUCGGUGGAGUUUGUUUCCUCACCAUCUUCAACAUCGCCGGUCACCUUCCUCGGGCUAGCUUUUUUCUUUUUUCUUUUUUCGCAUUUUUUUUUUUGGCAACUCAGAACCAUUACACAGUAUCAUGGGGAUGAUGACAUUUCAUAAAAAAAAUUUAGCUUUUUUAAAAAAAAAAAAAGAUGGGCCAUCGAGAAAAGUAUCGUUGUACAUGUACAAUAGAAAUAUAGGAUGAGAUGCAUAAAGUACGCGGCAACUGAACAGAACAAGGAGGGGAAAAAAAGAAAAAAGAAAAAAUAAAAAAUAAAAAACAAUGAGCGGAGGUAGCGUUGGGAAUUUUUUUUUAAAAAAAAAGA